AUGUUCCAAUCGGCGUAUCAGGAUGGUGACUGCGUAGAAGUGUUCUCGCCAGCAGGAAAGAAUCCCGCUGCGGAUUGGAAGCUUAGCGGGAAGGUCGUUCGCAUGUACGAGAAAGGAGUGAAAGGCUAUGUUCUGGCAGUGAGCGGAGGCGCGACGUCAAAGAUGCAGUUACCGAAGGCGCCUAAGAGUCUACUGGGCCUACGGCAGCGGCAUCUAGUGCUGCAGGUGCUCACAUCGACGUCCCACGAUAAGCCGUUUUCUUUGGAGCUCGGGUUGACGGAUACUGGCGGCACGCGGCGGCGGUUGGUACUGUCCUCGUCGUUCCGCGCGCUGCACUGCACGCCUCUGCAUGCUCAGAUCCCUCUCGUUGGAUUGGAGCGUCACCGGGGGUCUUGGGCGAACUUGACCAUUGACCUGGUGGGGUUGACGGCGGUUUGUUUCAAGGCAGACGAUUUCCGCACCCUGGACCUCCUCGCGAUCGGGCCGACGUGCCGGCUCCGCAAGGUUUUUACGAUGAAGGAAGCGCUUGACGAUUCGUCAGGGGCUGGCGGAGAAGACGACCAUAGAGAACUUAUUUCCGCUGGCGCUUCAGGUACGGGCAGGAAGGGAGGCGACCUGUUGCCGGCGCGGCUACGGGCGUCCAAAGCAUCCUUGUCCAGCGGCAGGACACGCAAGGUGGACCACACAGAGGUCGCGGAGGACGGCGGCGACAGUGGAGCAGGAGGUGAAGGUGGUGGCCGAAUAGCUCGGGAGCCACCAGCGGAAUGGCGGGUGGCUGGCAACUGGAAUGGGCGGCAAGAAAAGCCGGCGCCGGCAUGGAGCUUGUUCGACGACUCGUCCCCUGACGAUGGUUUUCGAGCUGUGACGCCGGAAGCAAAACACGCCUACUCCAUACAGGCUGAGGAUGUCCUACCGGUAUCAAUCACGACGCGUUGCGGCACUAGCGGCAGCCACGCUACCGCAUCGAUCGCUGAUCACGAAAAUUCUGGUGCAGCUUCCGAGCUUGCAAACCAAGGACUUGGAGGUGGCGUGCGGGUGAUUGCAGGCGCCCCUUCGUCUUCUCCACAGCCGUCACCCGAAGUUCCGGCCAACAUCGAUGUCAGCUGGCUGGAAAGACACAAAAGGGAGGACGGUGGAGCAGUCGCUGCAACCUCAAUGGAGGCGCGCGAUAACAGAUCUGCAUCAUCACGCUUCCGCCCGUGGUCCUCCGCGGCCAUCAACGUCUCGGCAGCUACAGCCGAACCCCUCCCCGGCGCCUUCGAUCCACCCAACACCUCUUUUGCCGCUGAUGCGGUCGUCAAGCACAUCGAAGACGGUGACAAGAAAACGAGGUCGGCGACAAGAGCGAGCCUAUUCGCUUCUCCGCUCUCCCCUCGGGAAGAAACGGGUGCGAUUGCUCGCCGUUCCCCGCUCUCUGCGGGCGACGCAAGUCGUCGCGGCAAGAUGCAAAGGUCGCCGAUGUCUGCCCGGGUUGACGUGCUGCAGAAUCUCCUCGCGCCGGGGGCGAUGAGCGGGGAAGAACUAAGGCCACAAAACGACAGCGGAAAGGAACGCGGCAAGACUCAGGUUUCGAGAACGGAGACGGAGGCUCUUCCGGACGGCAAAGGCGGUGGUGGCGACAACGGCAGUGGGGUUGCCGGCGAUGCCGAUGCGCUCGAACGUUUGUUGGUGCGCAGUACCAUCAACGUCGACACCGGGAGCAGCGUCCGUGGCGACAACGGUAGCCCCAUCACCAGCUGUGCGAGCAGCUCAUUCGACGCCAUCGCGAGACCCGCAAACUGUGGUCCCGAUGCUUGCGUUAUCAGUUCAAGCAGAGACGACCACCGGGAUGAGGGCGGUACCGAUCGCCACCGAACGAUCGCAACAAAAGAAGUCAGUGCAGUCCCGACACAAGUUGCGCGCACACACACUGAUGUGCGUACUGACCUGUCCGCCUUGGACGGUGGACGUUUUCCUGGGGGACAAGCGAAUUCCCUGAGCCUCGCCGAAGAGAGCGGGGCAACGGUGGAAACAAGUCGCAAGGGCAUUCGCAGGGGUAAUAUCGGUGAAAGCGAUGACCGCGAGGAGAUCGAAGGGUUUUCUUCCACGUACGGAGAAGGUGCCAAGGGGGUGUUGGAGUCCUCCUUCUUCCGUGCGACGAGCAGGGAGCGGGGGCAUGGAGAAAAUACAGAAACGCCGAAGGCCGUGGACCGGUCGGACCUUGAGGAGUUGGAGCCAAUCUCCGGAGAAGCAUGCUUUCUUCGCCGGGGACUGUUCGCCUGAUCGAACCUCGGCACCUGCAGAGAACAUGGAGGCCGAAGUCCAUGGUGGACCCGAUGAGAGUAUUGCUUCUUCGCUUGCACGGUCAAUCGAGACAAGCUCCCGACAGCGGGCGAGCGAAAUCGACGGUGGCCAUGACGAUGACGAUGACGAUGACGAUGAUGUUG